GCGGACAUGAUGUUCAGUUCGGGAGUCUUCUGGAUGGGCCUGAUAUUCAUCCCUAUCACCUCCCUGGUCUUUGACGUGGCCUACAAAGUGUGAGUUCCCCACCACUCAUCACCACCACCCCCUCUACAUGUCCUGCUCUCUGGAAAUUCCUUAGAUCACAUGCAGUCUGACAUUUACAUAUAUAAAUACAUUUAGAAUAUACAAUUACAUAUAGAAGUAAUUUAUAGGAUCUCUGUGGUGCAGGGGUCGGAACCGGUUCAGGGAACAGAUCCGGAAAAAUACUGUUUUUCGAGGAACAGAAUCAGAACCGCAAACGAAAGUGAUCCAUAGUGUUCUGAAACAGAACCGUUAUUUUAAAAACAUGGGAACCGGGGCCUCCCGAGUGGCGCAGUGGUCUAAGGCACUGCAUCGCAGUGCUAGCUGUGCCACUAAAGAUCCUGGUUCGAGUCCAGGCUCUGUCGCAGCCGGCCGCGACUGGGAGACCCAUGGGGCAGCGCACAAUUGGCCCAGCGUCGUCCAGGUUAGGGGAGGGUUUGGCCGGCAGGGAUGUUCUUGUCCCAUCGUACACUAGCGACUCCUGUGGCGGGCCUGGCGCAGUGCACACUGACACGGUGUUUCCUCCGACACAUUGGUGCGGCUGGCUUCCGCGUUAAGCGGGCAUUGUUUCAAGAAGCAGUGCGGCUCGGUUGGGUUGUGUUUCGUAGGAUGCACGGCUCUCAACCUUCACCUCUCCCGAGUCCGUACGGGAGUUGCAGCGAUGGGACAAGACUGUAACUACCAAUUGGAUACCACGAAACUGGGGAGAAAAAGGGGGUACAAAUACCUGGCACGUAAAAACAAAAAAAAAGGGAAUCGGUUAAUAACUUUAUUUUACGUGCCAGGCAUUUUUUCCAAGUCCCACAAAAAACACAACAAAGCCCUCACUCUGUCACUCAGAAACUUAUUCUAGUGUCUGCCUGCAAGCUAAAAAUCUAAAAAAAAUCGGAAAAUCAUAAAUACUAAAGAGGUCUCAGACAUGCAGGUGUAACAUUUAUAGUUACCGGUAUAUUUUGUUGUUGCAGAUUCUGCUCUCUGAGAAAUGUAUUGAGAAACUCCUUAGACCACCAAUAAAUAACAUGCAGUGUAAUAUUUUAUAGUUAUUUGAUUUAUAGCAAGAGAUUUAUUCUAAUAUCGACCGAUUCAGAGUUUAUGUAAGUGUGGACCAUUCAGACUUACAUCAUUAAUUGAGGUCAAUGGGAGACUUAGUUUAGGUAUCUCAACUCUGAAUCAGCCUCAUAGUCCUGGGAAAGCCAGAGGAAUCAAACUUACAGCAGAUUGAACUGGCAACUAAAGCUAAUAGUGGUUUUAUUUACCGGACAUCUACCUCGCCUGAUUUAUAGAUGAUAUGCAGAAUUAAUUCAGAUUGCAUGUAAACUUUUGAGAAAAGCCUCUUGGACUGAUUUGGGAUGGUGUGUUACAUCGAGAUACAAUAUAAUACUACUGUAUAAUAAUAUAAGGAAUAGUGAUGUAUUUAAUGCUGUGGUUGUGAAUGCCUGUUGGUGACGUCUGUUCCUUUUGAGCCACAGUGUGAAGAAGGUGUGCUUUAAGACCCUGGUGGAUGAGGUGCAGGAACUGGAAGCCUUGUCCAAGGACCCCGGAGCCCUGGUGCAUGGGAAGAGGUACUGGACCGUCUCACACGCUUUUCUCACCUUCCUCCUUUUCCAUAAAUGCAUCCCAAAUGGCAACCUAUUCCCUAUAAAGUGCACUGGUCGAAAGUAGUAUGCUAUAUAGGGAAUAGGGUGCUAUUUGGGAUGCAGUCUUGCAAAUGCUUUGUUUGUAGGUUAGGAUGUAUCCUUCCUAAUACACAAGACCCUUAUACAUAUUAAUGACAUUUCUCCAUAUCAUGAAUUCACAAAUACUCUUUCUAUUACUUCUUACAACCCAUGUACAACACUUGUCUUAGUGUCAUACAGUGUAUAACUUUUUUUUAAAUUAUACAUGUAUAUUUUCCCCCUGAGGAUUAAAUCAUAUUUCCUUUGGCUUCCCUAUUUUUAGUAGGUAUGGUGUAAUCAUGUGCUGCCUACUGUACACUAUACAGUUCACUCUUACCUCUACUCUUUGAAUUCUGCUCUGGGCCAUCCAUCCAGGAUAACCCAUGCUUGGAACAUUACUCUCUCCCUCUGAAAGUGUGUAGCGAGAGACUGUAGUGUACUGUAGUGUACUGUAGUGCCUCCAGCUUAUUAAAGCCAUGCAUCUUGAGCUGAACUCCCAGAGGUGGGUUAUGUCCCAAAUGGCACCCUAUUCCUUAUAUAGUGCACUAUUGAACAGGGCCCAUAGGGAAAUGGGUGCCAUUUGGGACAUAGCGAUCAGUUAGCCGGGUCCCAUCGAAGGCCUGUGGAGUGCAUUAGCAUGGAUCAGAUCGGUGUGAAAUCUCCUGCCGGCUGAAAGUGAUCUCCACCAUCUGGCCACAGGCCCAGACCCAGCAGGCUAGGAACCUGGCCCUGGAGCAGAUGCAUGGAGAUGCACACACUCAGUUCCUUUCUCACACGCACACCACACAUUAAUGCUCUCUCACUCUCUCACUCACUCACUCACUCACUCACUCACUCACUCACUCACUCACUCACUCACACACAGAAUCCAUCCCUUCCUCCUCUCCCCAAUGCCUGGUCUCUCCUCAGCAGGAAGUGCAGUUAGCUGGUCGCUCUCCUCUGUCUUGUGGAGAACUGUACUGGGAGAGAGUGAGGGCUUGAUGUAUGGGUGGUUAAAUCUGGCUGAAGGGCUCAGCGUGGCGCUCACUCACUCUCCUCCUGUCCUCUCCUCUCCUCUCUCGCUUUUCACCUCUUUCUCCUCUUCACUCUCGGCUCCUCUCUCUCUCUCUCUCAUCUCUCCUCUCGUCUCUCUCUCUCUCUCUCUCUGCUCUCUCUCUCUCUCUCAUCAUCUACUCUCUCUCUCUCUCAUCUCUCUCCUCUCUCUGCUCUCUCUCUCUCUCUACUCUCUGGGGGUCUCCUCUCUCUCUCUCUCCCUCUCUCCUGUGUGUGUGUCUUUGCAGUCUGACGGAGAGGGCACAGCUCCUGAAGAACGUCUUCAAGAAGAGCACAGUCAGUCUGUACCGAUCGGACUCCAUGCAGCAGAACCUGCUACGUAAGUCACACACACCUCAUACACUGACCUGAAGACAAGCCUUAUGCUGUUUUUCUCAGCGAAAGAGACCCAUUUUCUCUCAGUAUCAGCACUGGUCCAACACCCCAAGACAGUCAUUUUGAAUUGAGUGUAGUUCCUAUGUGGAUACAUAGUUCCAUGCUAUGGGGAUUCCAUACAUACUGUAGCUUCAAAGGGGACUCCGGUUGUGUCUUAAAUGACACCCUAUGGGCCCUGGUCAAAAGUAGUGCACUGCAUAGGGAAUAGGGUGCCAUUUGGGAUGCAGCCUCAGCGUUGGAGAAGUGCUAAUACUCUGCUGAUCCCACUGCUCUUUAGAAUUCGAUAAGCAUGUUCCACAUUAGCCAAAUACAUGACAACCACAUACAUGAUCCUGUCGUUAACCUCAUUAAGUAACAUAAAAGCAUCCAACUGUUCCCCGUUGGUGUCCCUCCGCCUGCUAAUACAACCCCCCCAAACACUUUAUGUGUGUCCCAAAUGGCACCCUUUACAGUGCACUACUUUUGACCAGGGCCCAUAGGGCUUUCAUCAAAUGUAGUGCACUAUAUAGAGAAUAAGGUGCUUUUGAUGACGCACCCUAAUGGACAGUCACGUCCCGUCUAAUACAAAUCUCGUAGGCAUAGUAGUCUAGAUUGAAGCUAUAAGGCAACACAGAUGGGUUUUAUUUUGGAUUAGAUUUAUUUAUGUUUGUUCUUAUCUGUUUCUUUCGCUGAUCGUUUUUUAUGUUUUUGUUUGUCUCGUAGGUGGGGAAGGGAUCGUUCUUGUGUGACCCCUUUUUAUUUUGACGUUCUUACCUGUAGAGAAACCAAACCCCCGAUCCCUAUUAGAAACCCACCCUAUGCCCUUUUCACAGUAUCGUGCCGAUCCGAAACACAUUGUCCUUUUCAGCAGGCUUUCAGCAACUAUGGUGGAUGUGUAACCAGGUCAUCUUAGUACAGCUUGGUUUGGUUAGGUUCAGCUCAAUAGUGUGAAAAGCCCUCUAUGUACCCACCUCUCCUCCCCUGUGUGCUGUGACCUGUGUUAGUGGUAGUUACAGAUAUAACGAUUCAUUAAAUGUUGCGAUAUUAUUCCCACAAUGCACUCCUCUCACCGGGCCUUUUGAACUCAUCUGCUGGCCUGCAGGUAGUGACUGAAUCAUUUGAGACCUAAAGGUGAGUUAGGGGGUCAAAGGUUAGGAUAAGAACUCCCGUAGUUGUAGGUAGUGGCUGUAUAGCUAAGUAAAGAGAGGAGGUGUCAGGUAACAUGACUGCCCCUCCCUCGCUUAGCACUGGUCAAGCUUCUUGAGGAGCUUGAAAAUUGUAUUUUCAGUCAAUGUCAUUUUAUAACUUCAUUCUGGGUUUAUUUUGAAAGCAAUUCUUUAAUCUAUUUUUAUUCAGUUAAAAACAUUUUUUUAUGAGUUUUCUGCUUUUGUUUCUAAAUGGUUUAGUUCAAGCUAAGUUUGUUUGUUUCUAAUCACGGUUAGAAUUUGAACGUCAGCCAUCAUUUCUGACUCUGUCCAUCUGUCCUGCUUGCAGACGGCUACGCCUUCUCUCAAGACGAGAACGGAGUGGUCUCCCAGUCGGAGGUCAUCCGGGCGUACGACACCACCAAACAGCGGACCAACGAGUGGUGA